CUGUUGAUGUCUGACAAGUGUGUGAUGCAAGUUUUUCCCCUGGAAUUUCACUUCAAGAAAUCACCAAGAAUGUUUAAUCUAAAAUCCAUUGUGACUGCCAGGUGAACAAUUAGUGACAAAGUGUGGGUGGGAAAUAGAUAAAGUGGCUGAAAUGGUCUACACCGAUGGCAGGCUGUGCCAAUAUAUGCUACAGUCAAGACAGACAGGGGCUGAAAUCUACCAAUAAGAAUCAACCUUUUUAUUGAUGACUACAACAUUAUAUGAGUCCAUUCCAAGACUGCCCGUUUUCAGCCAAAGCGUUCCUGUUUAACAUACAAAGCUGCUGAGCACUGUACCCACACAAUAUGGCUGAACUCAUCUAAUGGUUAAAAUGAAGUUUCAACUUGAUGUCAGCUCUUAAAGUGACAAGGACAGAUUAUCCUCAACACCAUAAGCUAUUGGAGUCGACAAACUGAACGUGUCACAUCCGUGCUUCUCAACCAAUCCGCAGCAGAUCCAUCCAAUCUGAUUUGGAGUCAUCGGACAAGGCCGUAUCACAUAGUCACCGCCCAUCAGUUUGAAAUGGAGAUUUUACCUGGGUUGUCGAGCGAACACGCAAAGUAUUUUGGGCCAAACUGUGGAAGCUUAAUGGAUAAGAUUACAUGCAAAUUUCAUCACGCGAAGGUGCGUGAUUCUCCAGAAAACCAAUAAAACAGUAGGAGUGAACGGAGGACUUAAUCCCAUUAUUUCACAGCCAGAAACAGAAGGAUAUUGUCUGUUACGGUUCGAAAUAAUCACAUAGAUACACUGAAGUGAACGACUUUGACAUUGAGGCCAUCGCUUUUCAUCCCGAAAAUGACAGGAGGGCAUCACAAUAUGCGAGGAGAGCUGUCGGGUCACAUCAUGCUCAACAACACCUCGGUGAUUCUCAUAUUUUAUUUUUCUUCCUUCAAAUAACGCAACGCAAUUAUUAAAAACAAAAACCGGUUCGAUCCGUGUCAAACUAUUCAUCUUGCAAGCCCUUCUGGAGGAAAUGUCACAGCUCCUCUUUGAGAAUAUAUCUAGAGAAAUAACAAAGACACCUUUGUGCUUGUUUUAAAAAAAACACGGAGCGGUCAAAUCCUGUCUGGACCACAGGUCAUCGUUCCUUACGUGCUGGUUCUCACAGCUUCGUUUGCCAACGCUCAAAACUGGAGCGGUCAGUCGUUGGAAUUUAUUUUUGAUUGGAUAACCUUUUGUUUGUUUCCAGAGCACCUAUCGGUCGUCGUGUGGCCAUUGUCGUCACUUGUUUCUUUGGCAUCAGUUUGCCAGCGGAUUCCAGGCGCUUCAGUGCUGUCCAGGUUUACCUGGAAUAACAAUAAGUUGGCGUUUCUUAAAUGGAUUCUUCUCGGAUAUCGGUUUCCGCUUUGGGUCGCGACGUGCUGAUUGGAGAUUUAUACAACUACUACACCGACAACAUCUUGAAAAGUGGCAUUUUAGUACCGGGUGAUGCCAUACACAUUGAGCACAAAUUGAUUCCGGAAACGGAGCGCUACUUUUUCUUCAACCAGCCCGCCAAAUUCAAAUCUUCUUUACUUGGAAUUAAUUCACACCUGAAGGAGAGCAUCGAGCAAGGGUCGGUCGACUUGAAUCACCUCUGGUUCGCCGAUUUCAUGCGAGCCAAUCCGUCAGAAGGCGAUGAAAAUGAAGCGACAGUCAGCGUCUUUUUCCGUGUCGUUCGGAGAACAGAGACUCUCGAUCAACAUUUCUUCAAUUCUAAAAUGUACGACUAUCAGCUAGACAGCGGCGGAUGGGCGACACAUUUGGUGGAGCAAGUCGUCUUCGGAGCGGAGCUCAUUUGCACAAUGAGCAGAGCCGUCGAUUGGCGACGAGAAUCCAAGGAGAGCGCCGAAGAAAAUAUCUACCUGGUAGCCAAAGCUUAUUUCGAUCGAAUUAUUGGACCCAAUGCCAUCAACACCGAGCCGCCAGCUGAACUAGACAAAGUGUCUUGUCGAAUCCUCAGCAGUCUGGAAGAUAUUCAACCGACAGAGAUUUCCUUCCGACAAACCUGUGAGUUCCUGAGAGACGUCAUCAAUUUCAAAGAAGAUAAUCAACCCGCCAAAUUAUGGCGUCCCAUUUACAUCGUCCGACGUCUCAUCCCCAAACAGAUUGAAACUCGAAUUUUACUGGACAGAUUGACGGAUAAGAGGCUGAAAGUCGAGCGGAAGUGGCACUGGAUCAUGAAAGAGAGUCGAAGAAUAGCCAAACAUCCGUUUCUCAAUCGAGUCCCUCCAUUCGAAAGAGCCAUUUGCCAAUUCGUCGACUUGCUGGAACCCAUCGAAAACGAGAUAAUGCAAUUCAAUGUCAAUCUCAUCGCCAAAAAGUGCAUCCAGGAACAGGUUUCCAACGACAUCAAAACAAUUGCCGAUGGCAUGCUCCUGUCCGACAUGGUAGAAUGGCUAAUCCUGCGACGGAGUGAGAUUGACGCAAUUUGUCUGAUGUUGAAAGGCAACCAGAUGGGUAUGUUCGACAUGGCGGAAAUCGAGUCCCGACCUCUGUCCAAUUGUGAAAAGCGCGCCAGAGUUUUCAUUUUGAAAAUCGACUACAUUCCAGAUCCGCUGAUGGAGCGCAUCCAAAAUUUGAUCGGCAAUCUGGAACCGGUCUAUCGACUCCCAGUUUUUCCGGCCAUCUCUUCUGGAAAAGAACGCCUAGGAAUAAUUAGUAGGGCCUUUCAUGGAUUUUCUGAAGAGGCCCGUUGGUGCUCCAAUGAGCAGUACAGCUACUAUCAAAUUGGUUUGGUUCCGGCGUCCUCGACGCCGCUGGAAGACGGAACGAUCAAGACGAUUUUGUAUCCCGCCAUUGAGGUGUCGCCAACUUGUUUGCCGGCGGCCCAGUCCAGCCCGAUGGGAUCGGAGAAAAACGGGCAAGAUGACCAUCACCAGCUGCUGUGUCUGCCCAUCGCCAAUAUUCCGCAAAAUUCCAAUGUGCCCAAGAAAACUCUGACCGUUUCGAAUCAAAGUGAUAAUCCCUACGAAAAAGUCGCUUAUUUUCUGCUGAAAAGCAUCUUGAUGAUUUCUCCAGAGACUUUUGAAGAUGAAAAUAAUGUUUGAAUGAAAUUUGAUUAUGUCGACUGCAUGCCCGGUUUGUACAAUGAUACGGUCAACCAAGUAAAACGGUGGCAUACAUGAAUAUGUAUAAUUUAAGUUUUUGUUUUCUGUAACUCAAUUUGAAAAAAAAAUCACAGUUAUUAAAAAAAUAUACGAUUAAA